AAAAUCCUGUUUGUCGAAGGCUGGCUGUGAUUGGUCGAUCCGAAAAUGCCUGCAUGAAGACACGAAUAUGGGAAAUUUCCUUUCCAGGAAGCACUCGAGGAUACCUUAGGUCAGUUAUGGACAAAGUUACAUGUGAUGUCCACGGUGGCGCGUGUAUGCUAAAGACAGGCGUUAAAGAUGGACCUACCAAAGGCAGAAGUUUCUACGUGUGUGUGGACAAGCGUGGCUGUGACUUCAGCAAAGCGGCCAGCAUCUCUCCAUCUCACUGCCUCCAGCAUGAAGACUCCAUGGUGGAGCUCCAAGCGUUGACCUCCAACCAGCAGCAACAGUGCAACAGGUUGUACUACAGGUGCAUUGUGGGUAAAAAAGCAGGGCAGCGAUGGUGUGGAAAUGUGCCCUGGACUGUGCCGGAGAAGGAAGAGAAAAAGUGUGAAAAACGGGCACAAGCCUCCUGCCUACCACCAGUGCGAAACCCCUUCAAGGCUCUGGAAAAAGCGGACCAAGAAUCAGAGUGUCGGAAGAUGCAAGGAGAGAGUCAGGGUAAGGACAACAGAGAGAAGAAACCUACAGGAGAAGAAGAAAAAGAUGAUGAGGGGGAAGGUCAGACCCUCAUAGCUGACACAUACAGAGGUAAACAUCUUCCAGCAGGAAUAACGUUGAAGAAGAAAUCUGUGGAUAAAACACCUCCUCCGAGCACGUUUGUACCCAAAAGCGACAUGGCCACCUCGGCCGUCUCCCUGUCUGUGCCCAAAAGCGACAAGGCCACCUCCGAAGGUUCUGUGGAAACAGCGAGUGUCUCCCACUCUACGCCCAAGAACGGCAUAGCCACCUCCGGAGUCCCCAUGCCUGUGCCCAAAAAUGCCAUGGCCACCAUCGAAGUCUCUGUCUCUGAACCCAAAAGCGACCCGACCACCUCCAGUCUUUCCAUGUUUGUGCCCAAAUGCGAAAUGGUCACCUGCAAAGGUCCUAUAGUAACAUCUCCAACCGAAAGCAACAUGGCCGCCUCCAAAGGUUCUGUACCAAUGGCAAAUGCCUCUACGUCUGUGGCCAAAAGCGAAAUGGUUGCCUCCAGAGGUUCUGCCAGAGCGAGCCCCUCUACGUCUGCGCCCAAAAGUGAAAUGGUUGCCUCCAGAGUUUCUGAUAACAACAAGCAGUGGAGAACCCGUCAAACCAAACAGUACCACGAUGAUGAUGAGGACGUAGUGCUGGUGUCUGUGAAGCCCCCUCAAAAGACGCCUAAGGCCCCUACCACCGCCAUCCAGAAGCCCCUGACCGCCUACCCUGGCUUUCAGCCUGCCUCCAAUGUGAAAGGUCCACUGAGGGACCCCCAGGGGAUGCACACGAUGCUGUCUAUUCAGCUCCAGCAGGAAAAGGCCACCCUUUCGGUGGUGAACCUGGAAGCGUUGCCCGACAAAGGUGAGCGUUUGAGGACUCGGGUACGGGAGCUGGAGGCGGCACUGGAGUCCCUCAACCUCGCUCCCACAGACGAGACGCCACCCACCAGCCAGGUAGUGAACCCUUUCAGCCGCCCGGGGGGCACCAUCCUGAUCCCGGCCCCUCCCGCCCCAGGUCCCCACCUCCAACACAGCCAGGGAUUCUCACAGAUGUAUGGAGAGCACCAGGCCUUCUACGGCGGCCGCAUGACGGACAACCGUCUGCUGGCAGUGAAGAACGCCACGUAUGAGGCCAUCGAUCACCUGCACACAUCACUGGAGUCGUGCCCGGCCGCCGACACCGAGGCGUUGGACCCCAAGGGACUCAAGGUGUCACUGUUGGCGCACCAAAAAAGGGCUCUGGCCUGGCUGCUCUGGAGGGAAGCCCAGAAUCCAUGCGGAGGCAUUUUGGCGGACGACAUGGGUCUGGGAAAAACGCUCACCAUGAUCGCGCUCAUACUGGCCCAGAAGAUCAAUGCAAAGGUGAAGGCUAAAGAGGAAGGGCAAAAGAAAAAGGAGGAGGAGAAAGAGGAGGAGCUGAAGAAGCAGGAGGGUUGGCUCUCAAGAACUGAUUGCCGAUCGGUGAUUUCCAAGGCCACCCUGGUUAUCUGCCCGGCCUCGCUGCUCCACCACUGGAAGAAGGAGAUCGAGCGACAUGUCAAGGUGGCCAGGCUCAGUGUGUACUUGUACCAUGGACCCGACCGCAUCAAGAACCCCAGAGUGCUUGCUGAUCACGACGUGGUGGUGACCACUUACAGUUUGGUGUCCAGGGAAGCGCCUGGCCAUAAAGAGGCAGACAAACCCAAUAAGGAAGCCAACGAUGCGCCAGCAGCGGCGGGCGGUGGACCCCUCCUGUGUGUGGCGUGGGCCAGGGUGAUCCUGGAUGAGGCGCACAACAUCAAAAACCCCAAGGUGCAGCAGUCCAUGGCCGUGUGCCAGCUGAGGGCAUCCGCCCGCUGGGCCAUGACCGGCACGCCCAUCCAGAACAACCUGCUGGACAUGUACUCCCUGCUCAACUUUCUGCGUUGCUCUCCAUUUGACGAGUACAAAGUAUGGAAGGCGCAGGUGGACAACGGCUCCAAGCGUGGCAGGGAGCGACUCAACAUCCUGACCAGGACUCUCAUGCUUCGACGCACCAAAGACCAGCAGGAUUCUUCAGGAAAACCAUUGGUGGCGCUUCCCGACCGUACCUGCAAGAUGCAUCAACUUCAACUGUCUGAGGACGAGCAAGCAGUCUACGAUGUGGUCUUUGCCCAGUCCAGAGCUACCCUGCAGAACUACCUAAAGAAGCAUGAAGGGAACGACGUAAAGCGAGGGAGCAACUCUGCUUCCAAUACCUUCGACCGCUUCUCGCAGGAGUUUGGCUUGUCCCAGUCAGACCCGCCAGUCUCCUCUUGGCAGCAACCUCAGCAGGCCCCCAGCACCGCCCACAUCCUGUCACUACUGCUGCGCCUGCGACAGUGCUGCUGCCACCUGUCACUGCUCCAGAAGACUCUGGACUCCUCGGAGCUGCAAGGCGAUGCCGUGGUCCUGUCCCUGGAGGAGCAGCUCAAUGCUCUGUCCCUCACGUCGGGACCCUCGACAUUGGACGCCGCCGAGGACACGGUGGGCCUGAACGGGAUGCGUUUCCCAUUGCGGCUGUUUGAAGACGGCAGCAGGAGCACCAAGAUUUCUGCCAUUGUCUCUGAGCUGGAGGCGAUCCGAGCAAAGGGUGACGACCAGAAAAGUGUGAUUGUGUCCCAGUGGACUAGUCUGCUCCACAUCGUGGCCCUCCACCUGCGGCAGAUGGGCCUGCGCUACGGCAUCAUUGACGGGACCGUCAACCCCAAACGCCGUAUGGACCUGGUGGAGGAAUUCAACACCAACCCCAAAGAACCACAGGUUAUGCUGGUGUCUCUCUGUGCCGGCGGUGUUGGCCUCAACCUCGUGGGCGGGAAUCACCUCUUCCUCAUGGACAUGCACUGGAACCCAGCCUUGGAGGACCAAGCCUGCGACCGAAUCUACCGAGUGGGACAGCGGAGGGACGUCACCAUCCAUAGGUUCGAGUGCGAGGGCACGGUGGAGCAGAAGAUCUCCAGGCUGCAGGCUAAGAAGAAGCAGCUUGCCCAGAGCGUGCUGUCGGGAACGGAAAGUGCCAUCGCCAAGCUCUCCCUGACUGACCUCAAGAUCAUUUUUGGCGUUUGAACUCUAAAGAAAUGCAAUUUAUUUAUGUCUAUAUUGCUUUUAUGUAUGACAUCAGUGUUUCCCAACCUUUAUUGAGCCAAGGCUCAUACAAUGCAGUUACAAGUCAAGUGCCCCAUCUAAAACGCAUUGUUUUUCGAGUUAGCCGAAUGUCGCUUGGUCGAUUUGUUUGUGUGUGUGUGUGUGUGUGUGUGUGUGUGUGUGUGAGUGUGCAUGUUCAGAGAAAAAAGUUUAAUUGCGAAUGAGCUUCAAAUUGGACGCCUCUUCAGUAAAGUUCUUUUAAAAAAAAAAAAAAAAAAAAAAAAAAAAAAAAACGUAACAGUUGCUGACAGUCAGUGCAGUCAAACACAAAUGCAAUGAAAACUCACAAAGGAGCAUGGAGCCGACCCUUGCACCCACAAACCCGACCUACUCCAGGCUCCUGAUGUAAUUCACCGGGUCGCCCCACUUCAAGGCACCUCAAUGCAGUGUGACUUUUUGUUUAAUUACACAUUAUAAAAAGUUUAUUUCAUUACAUUAGCUUUCAUUUUGUUUUUGUACUUAUUUAACAGUACUGUGCUAUUUUUCUUUAUUAAAAACACACAACCCCAUAA